CACCGUUUCAACUUUCCGGUUCAGUUGUUAAAUAUAGAGCACAGUAAUGUCUGGCGUGUCGUCACUACCGGUGAAAUUUUGACAAGCGCAGAAACGACUCCAGUAAAAAACAGAGUAUAUUUUGUCAAUCGAAAUGUCAUCCCCAGACGAAACUAAAAGCAGCGAGGCCAAGCCGUCCGGCACAGAGGCAGCUAAAGAGAAUGACUCAGAGAAACAUCCUCCAGAGCCCCAAUCCAUGAGCAGCAGGUAUCAGAAGAUUGACGACACGGUCGAUAUCACAUCUGCGAUGUCCCCGAGGUCCCUAAGGGACCAUCCCAACAGGGGCAGUAAGGCGAGGAAAUCGACACAUAUGAUGCCAAUGUUUACUGACAUCGAGUCCAUGCGCACACUUUCACCGACGUCGCUAGCUGACACGUUUUUGAAGACACGACAAAGGCGUCGAUCCUCGAUCAACCUGAUGCUGCACCAGAACGCCCCCGUUCUGCCUAUUGUCAGGCAGGUGGAGCUGUCAACAGGUGAAAAGUUACUAAUCCUACCUGAUGGAGAUCGGCCUAAAGAAGUGCCAUUUUGGACCUCGUAUCGCCUGAGAUAUGCCAUUAUUUGGUUCUUCGGUUUUGUAUGUAUGACUUCGCAACGAGCGGACCUCAGUAUCGUCAUUGUGUGUAUGAUUGACAACAAGUACUAUUACAAUAUGGAUCACAAUCUGACACUCAAUGGCACUAUGAGUGCCUCGGUGAAGGAGCAAUGCACGGAGAAAAUAGCGAAGCAGAUGAACGAGGGAGAGUUCAGAUGGGACAAGGAGUUCCAAGGCAUCCUGCUAGGAGCCUACUUCUGGGGCUUCUUGUUUCUGCAGGUUCCAUUGGGAUUUCUGGCGGAGAAAUUCGGGGCCAAACAUGUCGUUGGCAUCGCAACAUUUCUGGUUGCCACCAUCAGCAUACUGAGUCCCAUUAUGGCAAGAACUAGCAAAUACUUGUUUCUGAUUAGUCGAGUAGUUACAGGUCUAUGCCAGGGAGUCAUGUUUCCUGCUGCACAGGCCUUCUGGUCAAGGUGGUCACCACCCAACGAACGUACUCGAUUGCUUGGACUAGCGUAUGCAGGUGGACCAGUUGGGAACGCAAUUAUAUUUCCUAUUGGUGGACAACUUUGUGCCUAUGGAUUCGAUAAUGGAUGGGCAUCCGUGUUCUACGUCAUAGGUGUCCUUGCGUUGGUCUGGAGCAUAAUCUGGAGUUUGUUUAUUCACAACUCGCCCUCCGAAUGUCCGCACAUCUCGGAAAUAGAACUGAAGUAUUUAGAGGCAGGAACAACGACUAAGCACCCAGACACGCCGUGGAUGGCGUUCUUCACGUCCAAAGCAGUGUGGGCCAUCAUCAUUUGCAACAUAUGUGCAAACUACUCCGUAUACAUGCUCGCCACGCAGAUACCCACGUACAUGAAGGACAUUCUCAAUUUCGACAUCACAUCUAAUGGCACGUACUCAAUGCUACCCUACCUGUGGCAAUGGUUCUUCACCCUAUUCUCCGGGAUGUGCGCCGACUAUCUGAUAUUUCAAGAUGUCCUCAGUGUCGUCUGGACCAGGAAACUCAUGAAUGGCAUCGGACUUAUUUUCCCCGGGUGUUUCCUGCUGGCACUGGGAAGACUGGACUGCACCAAUCAGGUAUCGGCCACGAUGGUCCUAGCGGCAGCCGUCGGUUUUUGCGGCUUCCAGUAUAGCGGGUUCGAGGUCAACCACGGAGAUAUCGCGCCUCAGUACGCGGGCACUCUGUACGGCAUCGCCAACACGAUAUCGACAAUACCCGGAAUAGUGGCUCCAAGCAUCGCGGGGAUGCUCACCACUAAUGGUACCAGAGAGGAGUGGGAGAUGGUGUUUUACACUGCGGCAGGUGUCAAUUUGUUUGGGGCCGUGUUCUACGCCAUCACGGCUUCGGGCGAGAUUCAGGAAUGGGCCAAACCGAAAGAAGAGGACGGCAUCGAAGACAUAUUCCGAAGCCUGUUCGAGAUCAAGGAAGAAAGCUCAGAGGUGGAGCACAACUCCAACGAGGAGCGGCUCAAACGGCCAAAAUAAGGACAAGGACAAAAAGUGACGAAAAAAUUGGGGAGGAGGGUCUGGCUGAGGGGGUGGAGUGUUAAGAAAGAGGACACAAUUGAGGGCCAGAAGAAUGAAGUUGGGGAGGAGGGUCUGACUGAGGGGUGGGGGGUUAAGAAAGAGGACACAAUUGAGGGCCAGAAGGACGAAGUUGGGGAGGAGAGUCUGACUGGAGGGGGGGGGGGGGG